AUAAGACUGCCGCAGCGGCUGCAGAGAGAAGGAGAUCACUACAGACGGACAGAGGAACACAAGAAGCAUCUUUGAUAUAGCUGAUCAUUUCUCUUGCGUGAGCAUGUCUGCUGCUGUGACUCUAGCGCUGCUGUUCUUCUUCUCUGUGGUACUGAAGGAGGUCAAGGGCUGCAGCUGUGCUCCAGGACACCCGCAGCAGCUCUUCUGCAUGUCUGACAUAGUGAUACAAGCCGAGGUAACUGGGGAGAAGAUCAUACACAGCGGUGGAAUUAUACCUGGCAUGGGAACAAUUCAAUAUGAAAUCCAAGUGAUAGAGGUGUUCAAGGGUUUUGACAGAAUAAAUGAAAUUCAGCAUGUCUAUACGCAUGAGAUGUCUUCAAUGUGUGGGACCAGACUGGGCCAUGGACAGUAUCUGCUUUCAGGAAGCAUCACACCUGAGGGAUUCUUCGUUUCAAUGUGCGACUAUCUUGAGCUCUGGGACAAACUCUCCUUAAUGCAAAAACAGAACCUCAAAUACAGAUAUCUGAUGGGCUGUACCUGCAUGAUCUCUACCUGCAUUGAAAAGCUUUGUCAACCCAGCACCAAAAAUGAGUGUAUACUGACAGACUGGUCAUCCUUAUGGCCAUUUGAGGACGGAAAAUCGGUUCAUGAGUCUGCCUGCAUCAGACACAGCGAUGGCUCCUGCGGCUGGUAUGAAGGAACUGGCAAACCUUCUGAGAAUGACACCAUGGACGUGUCUGAAGUCUGACGGCCGAGAGCAGGAGUGGUUUCUCACUGUAAAAGAAGCUGCUUGAUGCUCUCCAAGAAGAUCAGACCGUUCAGAUGUAAACACAUGCAAGCCCGUUAACAUGCUAUACAUUCUUGUAGCCACAUAGAGCACCUUAACCACCACUGCUUAUCAACCACACAGAUCAUUCUAGUAACUGCCUAGCGAGCACCUAACUUAAGCAGCCUAACUUAAGCAGCCUAACUUAAGCAACAACCUAGCAACCACUCAGAACACCUUAGAAACCACUUAGCAUUCCUCAAACAACCACCGAGAACAGCUCAGCUACAUUUUAGCAACCUACAUACUCUUCAAACUUACAUGUACAAUUAAUGGUUCCACUCAAAGAUGUUGCCAUGAGUCUGUAGUGCACCUUUGAAAUGUCUGAUUGGGUCCAAAUCAUUUGAUUUUCUAUUUA